CCUAACAAGAUGAUGGAUGUUGAACUCCCAGAAGAUGAAGGUACUAGUACACCGCUGAGUGUAAGGAAUAUGCAGACAUUUGAGCACGUUGGAUCAUUUGCUGCUGUUGCUCAAUAUAACCCUAGGAGAACAAAUAGGAUUCUAAUGAGUAUUUACACAGUGCUAGUCAAGGCGAAAACCAAUGUGCUAUUACCUUUUGGACCUAUAGCCAUCAUGCUUCACUAUCUUACUGGAAAGCAAGGAUGGGUUUUCUUUUUCAGCUUGAUUGGAAUCACACCUUUAGCUGAGCGUUUGGGAUAUGCAACUGAACAGUUGGCAUUUUAUACUGGUCCUCUAGUUGGAGGCCUUCUGAAUGCUACAUUUGGAAAUGCAACUGAAAUGAUAAUAUCAAUAUAUGCAUUGCAUAACAGAAUGAUUCGUGUUGUUCAGCUAUCUUUGUUGGGCUCCAUAUUGUCAAACAUGCUUUUAGUUCUGGGAUGUUCUUUUUUCGCUGGUGGAAUUGUUCAUUGCAACAAAGCUCAGACCUUUAAUAAGGCUUCAGCCGCAAUGAACUCAGGAUUGCUGCUCAUGGCAGUGAUGGGCCUGAUGUUUCCGGCAGUGCUUCAUUUUACUCAUUCAGAACUACAUUAUAUAAGAUCAGAGCUAGCUCUUUCAAGAUUCAGCAGUUGUAUCAUGCUUGUGGCUUAUGCUUGCUACUUAUUUUUCCAAUUAAAGGGUCAGAACAAUGCCUACAAACCAAUUGAUGAAGAAGAGGUACAAAAUAAGGAUAGUGAUGAAGAGGAUGCACCUGAGAUUACUCAAUUAGAGGCAAUAUUCUGGCUCGCAAUCUUGGGUAUUUGGAUUUCUGUACUUUCUGGUUACGUUGUGGAUACUAUAGAGGGAGCUUCCGAAUCCAUGAACAUGCCUGUGGCUUUUAUCAGUGUUAUUUUGCUUCCUAUUGCUGGAAAUGCAGCUGAUACUAGUGCAAUAAUGUUUGCCAUGAAAGACAAACUUGACAUCACAUUGGGUGUAGCUGUUGGAUCAUCUACACAAAUAUUAAUGUUCAUGAUUCCUUUCUCGGUUGUCGUUGGUUGGAUGAUGGGAAAGCCGAUGGACUUGAACUUUCAAUUAUUUGAAACAGCCACCCUGUUUAUGACAGUAUUGGUUGUAGCAUCUCUGUUGCAGGAAGGUACUUCAAACUAUUUCAAGGGGUUGAUGCUUAUUUUAUGCUACCUCAUUAUUGCUGCGAGUUUCUUUGUACAUAUUGAUCCUGCACCAAGUAAGUGGAUCAUAACUAGUAUUCAAGCCAAUGUAAAUAGAGACAUGAACUGGAAAAGUCAUGUAAUGUGGCAUUGUCCUUCAGCUCUCAGGCAACAAAGUAUGAUGUCCCAAGUGAGCUUGGACUUAUAAGUUUUGCCAAAUCUGACAUCAUGUUUACUACAAAAUAUUGCCAUUUAUCAGCAUCCAUGAAGGCACAUCAUGCGUUUAUUCAUAGUCGGCUCUCCUCUUAGUUAUGCUUGUCAACAUUUGUGACAAGAUGCUUACGGAAUGGAAAUUUAUUGCUAAAUUUAGGAAAUUGUUGAUUAGAAGACUGACUUACAGAGAUUGAUAAAUUCUCCAUCAGUAAACGAAUGGUUUUCAUGCAGGUGAUGUUCCAUGAUUGAAGCUUCCGAUAUCUGUCUUUGCUUCAGUUCACAUUGGAUUUUGACAAGGUAGUACAGAAUUCAAUACUGGAAGACAUGGCAAUAUGGAUAGUGAGCAAAAUACCCAGAGGUUUUCUAUAUUUUCGUGGAUCUAGACCGCUCUGUAUCCCAGCCACGAGGCACAAUAGGAUUGGGGGUGUAGUCGUUUCAGAUCAAUUUUGUUGUAGUCAUUUUUACUUAGUCUUGAUUGUAGGAGACGAACGGCCUGCCAGGAUCCUCACGAUUGAGUGAUUAUUCAUGUAAUAUUGUAAGAUUUCUUCCAUGCUCAAUUGGUCUUGUUAUAUCUUCAAUGAAAUUAGCUAAAAUUCUACAAAGUAGGUUUUCGGCAAAUUUAACUUGAUUUGAGUUUUUCAAGUUAAACUCCGCUGCUGAUGAAUCAGUCAUGACCGAUCCCAAACUCGGAUAAAGGAGGAGAGUUACGCUAGGUUGUCAGCCAGCGUUAAAACUAUAAUAAAUGUUCAAUAAAUGAAAUUAUUAAAUUAUUGUGCUAAUGCUAGGUUGUUUUCCGAAAGGAACGUGUUACAGAAUCUGACUAUAACGUCUCGGCAAGGACCGCUACAUCUCCAGAACUUGGGUGUAGUGUUAAAUAUGCAAGAGUUCACGUUCCAGGGUCUGAUCGUAACGUAUUGGCAAGGAUCACUACAUCUCCAUGAGAAUUUGAAUGUAGUGUUAAAUAGGUAAGAACAAAUAUGAUAGGAAAACAAAUAGUCUGAGAUUUGGAACA